UUAUCAAAGAAAAUGCCAGCUAUUGGAAUUGAUCUUGGAACAACAUACUCCUGCGUUGGUGUUUGGCAACAUGGAAACGUGGAAAUCAUCGCAAACGACCAAGGCAACAGGACGACACCAUCAUAUGUUGCUUUCACAGACACAGAGCGUCUCAUCGGCGAUGCUGCGAAGAACCAGGUCGCGUUGAACCCCAACAACACAGUUUUCGACGCGAAGAGGCUGAUCGGACGCAAAUUCGAUGACCCGAAAAUUCAACAGGACAUGAAGCAUUGGCCUUUCAAAGUCGUAAGCGACUGCGGCAAACCGAAGAUCCAGGUCGAGUUCAAAGGUGAAAUGAAGAGGUUCGCGCCAGAAGAAAUAAGUAGUAUGGUAUUGACGAAGAUGAAGGAGACUGCGGAGGCCUAUCUCGGUACGUCAGUGCGGGACGCCGUUAUCACAGUGCCCGCUUACUUCAACGACUCUCAGAGACAGGCCACAAAGGAUGCUGGAGCUAUCGCUGGUUUGAACGUCCUUCGAAUCAUCAACGAACCGACUGCAGCCGCGCUAGCGUAUGGUCUGGACAAGAACUUGAAAGGCGAGCGAAAUGUCCUGAUCUUCGAUCUCGGCGGUGGAACCUUCGACGUCUCGAUCCUGACUAUUGAUGAAGGGUCGUUAUUUGAAGUCAAGGCCACAGCCGGCGAUACUCACCUGGGAGGCGAGGACUUUGACAACAGGCUAGUGAACCAUUUAGCGGACGAGUUCAAACGCAAGUACAAAAAAGAUUUGCGUUCAAAUCCACGCGCCUUGCGACGCUUACGCACGGCUGCGGAGCGCGCAAAACGUACCUUGUCAUCAAGCACGGAAGCCACGAUCGAAAUAGACGCUCUCUAUGAGGGAAUCGACUUCUACACCCGUGUGUCUCGCGCCCGCUUCGAGGAACUAAACUCUGAUCUUUUCCGCGGUACUCUAGAACCAGUAGAGAAAGCCUUGAAAGAUGCCAAAAUGGACAAAAGCCAAAUCCAUGAUGUGGUCCUCGUGGGCGGCUCCACUCGUAUACCGAAAGUUCAGAGUAUGCUUCAGAACUUCUUCUGUGGGAAGAAACUUAAUCUAUCCAUCAACCCCGACGAGGCGGUCGCUUACGGCGCAGCGGUCCAGGCGGCUAUACUGAGCGGUGAAAGCGAUUCAAAGAUCCAGGAUGUGUUACUAGUCGAUGUGGCUCCUCUGUCCCUGGGCAUCGAGACGGCCGGAGGCGUCAUGACGAAGAUCAUUGAGCGCAACUGCAAGAUCCCUUGCAAGCAAUCACAAACGUUCACUACGUACUCAGACAACCAGCCAGCCGUUACGAUCCAAGUGUACGAGGGCGAACGGGCGAUGACCAAGGACAACAACCUGCUCGGCACGUUCGACCUCACCGGCAUACCACCGGCACCUCGCGGCGUGCCCAAGAUAGACGUCACCUUUGAUCUGGACGCCAACGGUAUCCUUAACGUGUCCGCGAAGGAGAACAGCACGGGCCGCAGCAAGAACAUUGUCAUCAAGAACGACAAGGGCCGGUUGUCACAGGCGGAAAUCGAUCGCAUGCUGUCUGAGGCAGAACGUUACAAGGAGGAGGAUGAGAAGCAGCGCCAGCGAGUCGCUGCACGAAAUCAACUUGAGUCGUACGUCUUCAGCGUGCGACAGGCGCUGGACGAUGCGGGCUCGAAGCUGAGCGAUGAAGACAAGAACACUGCACGCAAUGUUUGUGAUGAAGCACUGCAGUGGCUCGAUAACAACACUCUGGCCGAGAAAGAGGAGUACGAGCACAAGUUAAGUGAUCUGCAACGUACCUGUUCUCCCAUAAUGAGCAAAAUGCACGGCGCGAGCGCCGGAGCAGCGCCAGGAGGAAUGGGCGGAAUGCCCGGAGGAAUGGGCGGAAUGCCCGGAGGAAUGGGCGGAAUGCCCGGAGGAAUGGGCGGAAUGCCCGGAGGAAUGGGCGGAAUGCCCGGAGGAAUGCCCGGAGGAAUGCCCGGAGGAAUGCCCGGAGGAAUGCCCGGAGGAAUGGGAGGAAUGGGAGGAAUGCCCGGAGGAAUGGGAGGAAUGCCCGGAGGAAUGGGAGGAAUGCCCGGAGGAAUGGGAGGAAUGCCCGGAGGAAUGGGAGGAAUGCCUGGAGCGUACCGCAGUGGACCCACCGUUGAAGAAGUGGACUAAACAGUCCAAGCUUGUUAUUUAAUUAUCUUGUAUAAGACUGAUAGUAAUGUAUAUAACUCGUAUGAUCUCUCUAGUCGAUUAAUUUAAGUUUUUUAAUAUAAGUCAUAAUAUGAUCAUCUGUUGACAAUAAAUAAAAAAAUAAAUAAAA